AUGUCUACUACUACUUUAUCUGCUUCAACUUAUCCAAAAGUUAAAGUUGCUGCUGUCCAAGCUGCUCCAGUUUAUUUAGAUUUAGAUGCUACUAUUGCUAAAAGUGUUAGAAUUAUUGAAGAAGCUGCUGCCAAUGGUGCUAAUUUAGUUGCUUUCCCAGAAGCUUUUGUUCCUGGAUAUCCAUGGUUUGCUUUUAUUGGACAUCCAGAAUAUACUAGAAAGUAUUAUCAUCAAUUAUACAAAAACGCUUUAGAAAUCCCAAGUCCAGCUAUUCAAAAGAUUUCCAAUGCUGCUAGAGAUAAUAAUAUUUUUGUUUCAAUUUCUGGUUCUGAAAAGGACAAGGGAAGUUUAUAUUUAUGUCAAUUAUGGUUUGAUAACAAAGGUAAUUUAAUUGGUAAACAUAGAAAACUUAGACCAUCAGUUGCUGAAAGAUUAAUUUGGGGUGAAGGUUGUGGAUCUUUAUUACCAGUUAUGAAAACUGAAAUUGGUAAUCUUGGAGGUUUAAUGUGUUGGGAACAUAAUGUUCCAUUAGAUGUUGCAGCUUUGAAUAAUCAAAAUGAACAAAUUCAUGUUGCUGCAUGGCCAGGAUACUUUGAUGAUGAAAUUUCAUCUCGUUAUUAUGCUAUUUCAACUCAAUCAUUUGUAGUUAUGACUGCUUCGAUUUAUAGUGAAGAUAUGAAACAAAAAAUUUGUGAAACUCCAGAACAAAGAGCUUAUUUUGAUAGUUUCAAGAGUGGUCAUACUUGUAUUUAUGGUCCAGAUGGUGAACCUAUUUCUGAAAUGGUUCCAGCUGAAACUGAAGGUAUUGCUUAUGCUGAUAUUGAUAUUGCUAGAACUAUUGAUUUUAAAUAUUAUAUUGAUCCUGCUGGUCACUAUAGUAAUAAAUCGUUAACUGCUAUUCAUAAUGUUACUGAUACUAGAGCCAUUAAACAAAUUGGUAGUCCAACUUCUCAAUUUAUUGGCCAUGAAGAAUUAAGCCAAUAUGAAAUUCUUUAG